UUAGCCUGCUGCCAGGAAUGGCCCUCUCGGUGGACUCCUCUUGGCUCCGAUGGCAGUGGCGGGUCAGGGAAGGGUCUGCCCAGUCUGCAUCAGAAGCUACACCGCUGCUCUCUGCAGAGAAGGCGAGGCGGAGCUACAACCUCAGACGGCAACGGGUCGUGUUCCCCAACAACAGCACCUUCCACCAGGACUGGGAAAAGGUCUCCAGGAGCUACCCCGGCAACAGAAUCCACACAACCAAAUAUACCCUCUUCACCUUCCUGCCCCAGAAUCUCUUUGAGCAGUUUCACAGGUGGGCUAACCUCUAUUUCCUGUUGCUGGUGAUUCUGAACUGGAUACCAUCCAUGGAAGUCUUCCACAGGGAAAUCACCAUGUUACCACUGGCCAUUGUCCUGUUCAUCAUCAUGGUCAAAGACGGCCUAGAGGACUUAAAGAGACAUCGCUUUGAUAAAGCGAUAAACUGCUCCAACAUUCGAAUAUAUGAAAGAAAAGUGCAUAACUACGUGAGGAAGCCCUGGAAGGACGUGCGUGUGGGAGACUUCAUCCAGGUGCAGUGCAACGAGAUCAUCCCAGCAGACAUCUUGCUCCUCUUCUCCUCGGACCCCAGCGGGAUAUGCCACCUGGAAACCGCCAACUUGGAUGGAGAGACAAACCUCAAACAAAGGCGCGUUGUGAAGGGCUUCUCCCAGCAGGAAGUGCAGUUCCAACCAGAACGUUUCUGCAAUACCAUCGUGUGUGAGAAGCCCAACAACCACCUCAACAGGUUUAAGGGUUAUAUGGAGCAUCCCGACCAGACCAGGACUGGCUUCAACAGUGAGAAUCUUCUGCUUCGAGGCUGCACCGUCAGAAACACCGAGGUGGCUGUUGGCAUUGUCAUCUACGCAGGCCAUGAGACAAAAGCCAUGCUGAACAACAGCGGCCCCCGGUACAAACGCAGCAAGAUUGAGCGGCGCAUGAACACGGACAUCUUCUUCUGCAUCGGGAUCCUCUUCCUCAUGUGCCUCAUUGGAGCCGUAGGUCACAGCCUCUGGAAUGGGACCUUUGAAGAGCACCCUCCCUUUGAUGUUCCAGAUACCAAUGGCAACUUCCUUCCCCUUGCCCUUGAGGGUGUCUACAUGUUCCUCACAAUGAUCAUCCUGCUUCAGGUGCUCAUCCCCAUCUCUCUGUACGUCUCCAUUGAGCUGGUGAAGCUUGGGCAAGUAUUCUUCCUGCACAAUGACCUUGACCUGUAUGAUGAAGAGACUGAUUCAUCCAUUCAGUGUCGAGCUCUCAACAUCACUGAAGACCUGGGUCAGAUCCAGUACAUCUUCUCAGACAAGACGGGGACCUUGACAGAGAACAAGAUGGUGUUUCGGCGUUGCACCAUCAUGGGCAGCGAGUAUUCUCACCAGGAAAAUGCCAAGCGACUGGAGACCCCGAAGGAGCUGGACUCAGACAGUGAAGAGUGGACCCAAUACCAAUGCCUGUCCUUCCCAGCCAGAUGGGUCCAGGGCCCAGCAACUAUGAGAGGACAAAAAAGUGCCCAGCCUCUGAGGAGGUGCCAGAGUGCCCGUGUGCCCAUCCAGGGCCACUCCCGACAGAGGUCUAUGGGGCACUAUGAAAACUCCCAGCCCGCUGUGGCCUUCAGCAGUUCCAUAGAAAAAGAUGUGACUCCAGAUAAAAACCUCCUGACCAAGGUUCGAGAUGCUGCCCUGUGGCUGGAGUCUUUGUCAGACGGCAGAGCCACCAAACCUUCCUUCUCUACCACCUCCUCCAUUGCUGACUUCUUCCUUGCCCUAACCAUCUGCAACUCCGUCAUGGUGUCCACAACCACUGAGCCCCGGCAGAGGGUCACCAUCCCACCCUCAACCAAGGCUUUGGGAAUGUCCUUAGAGAAGAUUCAGCAGCUCUUCCAAAGGUUGAAGCUUUCAAGCCUCAGCCAAUCAUUCUCGUCCACUGCACCCUCUGACACAGACCUUGGGGAAAGUCUGGGAGCCAAUGCACCCACCAUGGACUCGGAUGAGAAAGACGACUCGUCUGUGUGCAGUGGGGGCUACUCCACCGAUGGCGGCUACAGGAGCAGCGUGUGGGACCAAGGCGACAUCCUGGGCUCUGGGUCAGGUGCAUCUUUGGAGGAGGAGCUGGAAACCCCAGCUCCAGGCCUGGCUGGGCCUGAGCUCUGUUAUGAGGCUGAGAGCCCUGAUGAGGCAGCCCUGGUGCAUGCUGCCCAUGCCUACAGCUUCACGCUGGUGUCCCGGACACCUGAGCAGGUGACUGUCCGCCUGCCCCAGGGCACCUGCCUCACCUUUGACCUCCUCUGUACCCUGGGCUUUGACUCUGUCAGGAAGAGAAUGUCUGUGGUUGUGAGGCACCCACUGACUGGGGAGAUCGUUGUCUACACCAAGGGCGCUGACUCGGUCAUCAUGGACCUGCUGGAAGACCCAGCCAGCGUGACUGACAUUGAUUUGGAGAAGAAGCUAAAGAAAACCCAAGCCCGGACCCAAAAGCACCUGGACCUGUAUGCAAGAGACGGCCUGCGCACGCUGUGUAUCGCCAAGAAGGUCAUAAGUGAAGAGGACUUCCGGAGAUGGGCCAGUUUCCGGCAUGAAGCCGAGGCAUCCCUCGAAAACCGCGAUGAGCUUCUAAUGGAGACAGCACAGCAUCUGGAGAAUCGACUCACCUUACUUGGAGCAACGGGGAUCGAAGAUCGGCUGCAGGAAGGAGUUCCAGACACAAUCGCAGCUCUGCGGGAGGCUGGGAUCCAGGUCUGGGUCUUGACUGGAGACAAGCAGGAGACAGCCGUCAAUAUUGCCUAUUCCUGCAGACUGCUAGAUCAAACGGACACCGUGUACACCAUCAACACAGAGAAUCAGGAAACCUGCGACUCCAUCCUCAAUUGCACAUUAGAAGAGGUCAAGCAGUUUCACGAACCACAGAAGCCUGACCGCAAGCUCUUUGGAUUCCGCCUGCGUUCCAAGACACCAUCCACCACCUCGGCAGCUGUGCUUCCAGAAGUUGGAUUGGUCAUCGAUGGGAAGACACUGAAUGCCAUUUUCCUGGGAAAGCUGGAGAAGAAGUUCCUGGAGUUGACCGGGUACUGUCGGUCUGUCCUGUGCUGCCGGUGCACCCCACUCCAGAAGAGCAUGAUCGUCAAGCUGGUGCGGGACAAGCUGAGCGUCAUGACGCUGUCCAUAGGUGAUGGAGCAAAUGAUGUAAGCAUGAUUCAAGCUGCUGAUAUUGGCAUCGGCAUAUCUGGACAGGAAGGAAUGCAGGCUGUCAUGUCCAGCGACUUUGCCAUCUCCCGCUUUAGGCACCUCAAGAAGCUACUGCUAGUGCAUGGUCACUGGUGUUACUCACGCCUGGCCAGGAUGGUGGUGUACUACUUCUACAAGAACGUGUGCUACGUCAACCUGCUCUUCUGGUAUCAGUUCUUCUGCGGCUUCUCUGCCUCCACCAUGAUCGACUACUGGCAGAUGAUCUUCUUCAAUCUCUUCUUCACCUCCUUGCCUCCUCUCAUCUUUGGAAUCCUCGAUAAAGACAUCUCUGCAGAAACCCUCCUGGCAUUGCCUGAGCUGUACAAGAGCGGCCAGAACUCUGAGUGCUACAACCUGUCGACUUUCUGGAUUUCCAUGCUGGAUGCAUUCUACCAGAGCCUCAUCUGUUUCUUUAUCCCUUACCUGACCUACAAGGACUCUGAUAUCGACGUCUUUACCUUUGGGACCCCGAUUAACACCAUCUCCCUCACCACAAUCCUCUUGCACCAGGCAAUGGAAAUGAAGACAUGGACCAUAAUCCAUGGGCUCAUCCUCCUAGGCAGCUUCCUGAUGUACUUCGCAGUAUCCCUACUGUACAACGCUACCUGUGUCACCUGUAACAGCCCCACCAAUCCCUAUUGGGUGAUGGAAGUCCAGUUCUCAGACCUCACUUUCUACCUCGUCUGCUUCCUCACACCAGUUGCGGCUCUUCUCCCAAGAUACUUUAUCCUAUCUCUCCGAGGGACCUAUGAGAAAUCUCUCCUCUUAAAAGCUCAGAAAAUUGACCAACUCCCCAGGGAUAAAAGAGACCUAGAAAUCCAGAAUUGGAGGAGCAGACAGAGGCCUGCCCCAGUACCUAGCAUGUCUCAGCCUUCCCAGCAUCCAAUGCCACAUAGGCCGGAACAGGCCUUCAGAGCCAGCACCCCAAAGAGCUCCAGCCCUCCCAAGCGGAAGCACAUCGAGGACUGGGUGCUCCAUGGACAGAGAGGCAGCAGAGAGCACAUGACAGACGACCCAUGCUCAGGGGAUUCCUCUGCUAAACUUUCAUCUGGGGAACACCUUCUGGGGCCUAACAGGACAAUGGCACCUGGAGCCUACUCAGGUGGACAGACCAACAUGUCCCGGUGCUCACAGAGGGGCAGCCAUCGCCGAUCCCAGAGUUCUCUGACCAUAUGA